AUGGCCGAAUCCAUUCCUCAACUUCAAAGAACAAUCUGUGAUCUUACGAAUGUCUUGUCGCUGAUCAUGAAAAGGGGCCCUGACUUGGGGGAUGAGGACGAUGAGGCACCAACAUCUGAUUCUCCAACAGAGGAGCAUUUAGAUGAGGCCGAAUUCGAGGACACGGUAGCACUCGGAGACGCAGCAGCCUGUGACAUAAAACAAAACUUCCUAGAUCGCCUAGCCGAAGUCUUAGCCAGAUUUAAGACGGCUAAAGGCUCUGGGAAGAAGCGCAACUCUGAUGCCAAACACGUCACUAGCGUGAUCAUGCUGGAGGAGGCGGGGAGCAAAUCUGCCACAUUCCUCUGCGCCAAGAACGAAGGGCUCGAUGCCGUCGAUUCGGCUUUUCUGAAGAAAUUGGAGAUGAUGGAACGGACAGAGAAAAUCGACCGAGUUUUCGAUGCAAUAUAUGUCCACCUCAGACCCCGCGUGGAGUAUUAUUCCACGCUGAUUCGCGAUUCUCUUGAAGAGGCCAGUCGACGUGUUUCGAUCCCCGGCAGACUCACAAGCCGAGAGGUACAGAAGAGCCUCCACAAGGCUACAUAUAGGGACUGGGAAGACAACAAUCAGCUUCACUUCCGUCUCCGGCUUGAUGCGACAGAUGAGGAAUCCAUUUCGGACAAAGCUAUCGACUGCCUGUCAGACCAGGAUGAAGAGAGCCUUGUCCAGGAGACGUACUGUGAAAUCCGAGAUCUCUUUGGAACCGUCCCACCACAUCACGACCAACUGAUCCCUACGAGGAAUCUUUUGAGAAAACUGUAUCGUAUCUUACGACAUCCUCGACAGCGCCCGGCAUUGAAGGGGCUUCUGAGGCAAGCAGUCCGCAACAAUCAGCGAUUAUUUAAGCAGGCCUGGACGUCUAUGCUGUAUUUGGCCCGAGCCUUUUACGCCGCAGUCACCUUCGUGGAUCUAGCAACCAGGUUGGAACUGGAAAAUAUUCAGUUCCGGCAGAUCCCAGCGGCAGUAGCAUGCAGACCCAACAUCUCGGAUAACAGAAGUCCAGUUGAAGUCCUGGCGGCCCUUGGCUGUCCUCCACCAACUAGGGAGUGGAGAGACUUCUUCCAGUCCAGAGGGAGAGUUCAAGAGUUCGUCCGGUUGUCGAGCUCGAAAAGCAAGACGGUACAUGGAGAGGUCCAACUCAUUCUUCAUUCCGAGAGCCUUGCGCAUUCUCAUGAAAGGCCUACUGGCACAAUCCUCCCCUACGUCGGAUGUAGCAAGAAGUGCUGUUUCUUCUGUGACCUCUUCCGCGUGCGACACGGGUACUUCCAGGCGCUUUUCCGGGCUCCUCAGAUACAUACUUCGGUCUGUAUUCGCUGCGUCAUCGUGCCCUCCUCCUCACAGAGAUCUGCUUCAACAAUCAUCAGCCGCAUUAUCCACGGCACAAGCCGUGCGGAAGGAGGUACCAACAUAUUCUAUUCGACCGCAGACAUCAAGGUUGAAUUCCUUCCUGCGCCGGGGACCCCCGGAUACGCUCUGGUGAUGGGCGGCCCCGACAAACAAGAGCAUGACCCUGUGCCGAUUGACGAGGCUGAGAGGCUCAAGAUCAACCAUGAGAGGAGAACGUCCUCGCUGGAACUGAUCGAAGAGAUGCCACCCACCAGCGAAAUCUACCGCAAGCUAUGCCGAGCCUGUCGCAGUGCUGCAAGAUAUCGGUGCUCAAAUUGCUGGACGUGGUACUGCUCCAAGGACUGCCAGAGACGAAGCUGGGCGUCCCAUGUCUUCGUGUGCCGGGUUCCAGGCCGACCCAACGACGUGGACUUUCUCAGAUGGGUCAUCCGGAGAGUCAAAAAAGAAUUGGAAACCGGGGACGAAGAACGGAUCCACAACGCCAUGCUCUAUUUGCUUGCUGACGACCAUAUCUGCCGGACCUUCGGAUUCAGCAACUGCGGGAGUAGGCUAGAGGUUCUCAACCUUGUUUGUCUCUACAGCACCAUUUUACCCAGGAUUGGCUCAGCUAUGAAGGUUUUGCAGCAGCACCUGGAAGGCGGAACCCUCGGCGGACUCAUGGAGAAAUUCUGUCGGGUGGAACGGGAUGUUGCGCGAGUCACUUUAACGGACGAAUGCGCCUGCGUGACCUGGUUUCUGCAGCGUCUGUCCUCAGGAUCGUUCCUGAUCCCAGACAUGGAAGAAGACUCCUAUCUCCUAUGGCUUUUGGCAGUUGUGGAUGCCGUUGAGACACUGAACUUAACACAAAAGUUCGAAAGCAAGCAAAAGCUCAAUGGUCCAGAAGCAGAUGUUCUCCACCUGUACAUCGCCAUCCAGCCAACUCUCUGGCUCGUCCCAGAUGUCCAUUCAUCUGCCUGGGUCAACUUCGGUUUCUGCUACUGCAGGUCCUUCCACCACAGGGCGAAACUUGCUCGGCGUUACUUGGAGCUGGCCGCCUCGCCUGCCACGUUUGACGACAUUGUUUCCGCCUAUGAGACGGGGAGCCUGGCGGAUUUGAUGCGCAACCAUGGCAUCGACAUUUCAGACUUGGAGCGCCAAGGCAUUCGGCUGCAUAGGCCACCUCCGUGCGAAUACCGUGUCUACCGACUGAUGAUUGGUGUCGAGCACGCAUUGGGCUAUGAGACACACAUUGAUUGCGAGUGUGAUGUGAACUACGGCUUCCACCUGACAAGGACCUGGGAGAGAUGGCAGCUCUUGAACUUCUACAGGUACCUGUUCCAACAACCGGGCUUCGAUCCUCGUCGCAUGGCCGAGGCUACAGAGGAUCCUGAUCUCGAAGGCCUGGAGAACUACCUGAACACUCUGGCUGAAGGACAGGUUGAAGCUUUCCUCAGGAGACGGGCAAAGUAUCCCCCAUCUCCGAUGUGA